AUGAUUCCAUACUACGGCCAAGUCGCCGCAUCGCCCAUCAUGAACCCCAGCGUCACUUCUCUCCCGCACGAGGAACUGCCGUCGCGUAUAUAUACGCCAGGCAUGGACUCGAUGCAGUCGCCUUUUUUUGCGGAUGGCGAGGAGCAUAAGUAUGUAUCCACACCCGACCGGGCCGACCUCUCCUAUGGUGCGUACCAGCACCGCGUGAAUUCCAUGGGCAUUCCUCUCUCGACCGAGUCGCCCAAACCGUAUAUCCUGCCCGCAGCACCACAGCCCAUGGAGAGCAAACGGCGGCGCACACUGCCCGCUGUAGAUGCAAUGGCCAACUCAUCCCCAAUCGGCCUUGGCAUUGAGCAAGGUGCCGUGACACCGCAGAUCAUGUCUCCCUACAUGAAUAUCGUACCGCACACUGCGCCGCAACCAAUGCAGUUUUGCUUUCCACCCGCAAUGAUGCCGAUGGGCGUCCCUGGCAUGCCGCCAUCUGGCUCGCUACAGAUGAAUGGGAGUAUGAGCCCACUUGCACACCGCGGCGCGGCACGGCCACUCGGCCCCGACGUGGCGAGCCCUUCGCUCCUCAUCCAGCAGCAGCAACAGAUCAAGGUGGAGCAAGGGAUGUCUCCCCUUAUCAACGGCUUUUCGCCCCCCAUCUACGAUGCUCAUGCUGUUAGGCGGGCUAAUAGCUACAGCGCCAUGCCGCCCUGGCCGACGCCCGACGCGGAGAGUUUCUUUGCGAUGCCGCGCCCUCUGCCCUCCUCUGCAUCUGUGCACACCAUUGCCUCGCCCGAUACGGUCCCUGGCACGCCGCGCUGCAUGCCAUCCUGCCUGAACGCUGCUCCUUUGCAGCGGCAGUACAGCGCGCCGCAGCCACGCACCAUCCGCGAGCGGUCAGAGCGGCGAACCAGCACGGAUGUAUGGCCAGACGAUGUCGAGGUCGCGUUUUGGGAGGCGCUCCGGCUCAUUCCCAAGCUUGGGCGGCGAAAGGUCCUCGUCCACGGCAAGCCGUGCGGCCGGAACGAGCUGAUUGCAGACUAUAUCGAGCGCAAGACGAACAAGUCGCGCUCCCGAAAGCAGGUUUCGAGUCAUAUCCAAGUGUUGAAAAAUGUAAAGCGGCACGAUCCCGAGUUCCGGCAGCUCAUCGCCGAGCCCGUCGUGGAGGAGGAUUAUUACACGCCCGCCGGCGGUGUCAUGUAUGCACAGUCGCUCACCGACUACAGCAACGGCUUGCUCGGCGUCUCACUCACGAACGCUGAGGCGAGCCUUGCGAUCCCAGCCUCGCCCGCGUCGGAGGCGCUCAGCGUACCCUACUCGCCCGCGCUUUCCAGCAGUCUGUCGUCCUGUGUGACGAGCCCUAUGCUUGCCACACAGUCCCCACGCAACUCGCCUGGGUCCACGAUGGUAAACGCGUUUGACAGCCUGCAUUUCAGUGCAUCGCCCCAGUCGAUGAACACAGAGUUUGCGCCAAAACACGGUGCACUAGCCCUCUCCGAGCUGGAGGUGCCGCCCAGCCUGCUCCCUUCGGCAUUUUCCAUGCGCCUCCAGGCCGCUUGCUCCGACGACCAGCAUGUGUAUACGCUGCUCGACGCUGCCGCCAGCGCUCGCGUUUUGCAGAGCGGCGCCCCGAUUCCCGUGCUGCCGCUCGGCGCCCCGUCCUUGUCUGCCAGCCGCUUCCCCAUGCUGGCGGAGAUGUAUGCACAGCUCACAUGUCCUAUUUUUCACAUCCACGUCCCACUUGCCCUCCCGCGCCUCGCGCAGAAAUCGCCGCAGUACGACAAGUUCAACGUCGCGCUGAGUCUGACCGGCACGCAAAAUACCAACCUCGUUUCUGUCCUCUCUAUAUUCUCCCACGCCAAGUGUGUCUUGUGCAUGGUCGAGCCCCUGGAGCCACCGCGUGCGUUGGCGGCUUUCCCUGCGGCACAAGACGCGCCACAAGGAGGAAGCGAGUCGCCGGCGCCGGCGCCGACACCCGGCGCGGAUCGCUUUUCCUGGGCGUACCAAGCGCCGUUUGCCUCGGAGUUCUGGAGCGACUUUUUCCAGCGCAACCAUCCGGUGCACCUCUACGGCGCCGGCGGCAUGGAGCCCAAACCCAACUACAGCAAAGAGCCGAGCGAGCGCGCGGCGCUGAGCCUCGACGUUGCGGGCGUCACAUUCCUCCAAGAGCUUGUUGUGGCGCGCGGCGCUACAGAGGUGCGCGCACAAACCAUGCAGAAUCCUUCUGAGCCCGUUGGCCACGCAAGUCGCGGCGCAGCCCUUGGCGAGAUCCUCUGUGUCCUGGCCUGGGAGUUUGCAUGCACAGAGAACAACGGAGCGCAGCCCGGCGUGCCGAGCAUCUCUCUCGUGCGGCGCCACUCGUGCGGCGUGCCGAGCGCAGGAAGCACAACACCCCGCCGGCACACGCUUGCAGCCGCGCCUGAUACGCCGACGCGUAAAGGCGCCAGCGCGCAAAAGACCAUGCUGGGCUUGGAGCUCGAGCCUUUGGACGCGCCGGUGCCGUCCAGCGUCAAGACAGAGCGCGACGCUGCCGCGAAUACAUUGGUCGUGCCGAUGCAGCCCACCAUUACACACACGGAUGCAACGCCACGCGCGCCCAUGGUUAAAAAAGAGGACGAGGAGGGCGCGCCGAAGGUGGCGCCUGCUUCGGCACGCAAGCUUGCGAGUGCGGCGCAGGGUAACGAGAUGCAUCAGGACCAGGGCUCCUUUUUCCUCGACGAAAUACCGCUUGGCUCGCGCGCCAGCAUCUCCUCGCCAUUCUCACCCAACUCGACCGGGCACUUUAGCACGCUUCUUCCGUCCAUGAGCGUCACCGAGCAGGAGGAAGUCGGUGCGCCGAAACGAGAGGCGAAACUUGGAGGCGCGCCGAUACCUGUGCGGAGCAACUCGACGAGCGCCUUGGAGGAGCACGAGCCUUCGCUGAUUUCGUCUGCCUUGACGUUUUCCUCGACAACGGUAAAUUCCCUCACAGACCCGUCUUUUUCCAUCGACGCACCGAGCGAUGCGUCUCGAGCGGGAUUCCCGGUAUCGUUUACGAAUUGGAACAUACAGCAUGAUCUUAUGGAUGCUUUUUUGAGCAAUUCCCCUACCUCUGGCUUAGGCGGUGCUUCCCCUCCCAUGUCCCCGACAUCGAUUCCAUUUCACCACGAGAGCAACGGCUCUCUUAUGGCUACCCUGUAA